CUAUCUAUAACUGUAAGACUUGAACAGUGUCAUCAUUUUCAAUCAAUUGUAUUUGCUCACUGCAACUCUGCCAGACCUCUCUCUCCUUCAUUCCCUUCACCGUCGCCGGUCACCGGUUUCCGUUUACAUUACAGAUAAUGGCGUCCUCUUGUGCUAUGGUGACUUGCACACCAUAUGAGCUUCCUUCAUGUACUACUGUUGGCUCAUCUAGGCAGAAUACCAAUUUGUUGAAAGUUUACAGUCCCAGGAGAGGAAUAUGUGGUUUGUUUUUAUACCAAAAGCACUCAAAUAUGAGAACUUUUGCUGUGGAGUCAAACCAAGUAUCCUCGUUGAAACCUCAACAGGUAGCUUGGGAAGAACCUGAUGAUGGCAGUGAUAGUGAAGAUGAAGAUGGUGAAGAAGUGGAAGAAAAUGACUUGGAUUUUGAAAGUGAUUGGGAAGAGGAGAAGAAUGAUGCUAUGGAUACAAGUGUUAGUGUACAGAAUUCACAAAGGGACACCUAUGAAGAAGAUCUUGUGAAAGAGGUUGAACAACUAUUAGGACCAGAAGAAAGAGCAAUCUUGUAUCAGUCUUCAACUCCUAACUUGGAAAAAAUAUCAACUGAAAAAUGGUCCCCGUUGCACACUCUUGCACUAUCUGGACAGAUUCCGUUCAUGGACGAGCUACUAGAACAAGGUGUAGAUAUUGAUUUUGUUGAUAAGGAUGGCCUAACUGCUCUUCACACAGCAAUUAUAGGGAGCAAAAUAGCUGUUAUUAGCCAUCUGUUGAGAAAAGGUGCUAGUCCUCAUAUCAAAGAUAGGGAUGGUGCUACACCACUUCAUUAUGCAGCUCAAGUUGGCUCCAUGCAAAUAGUGAAGUUACUCAUAAAAUACAAUGUUGAUCUUAAUGUAGCUGAUAAUGAGGAAUGGACACCAUUGCACAUUGCUGUACAAGCUAGAAACAGAGAUAUGGUGAAAGUUUUAUUAUUGAAUGGUGCAGAUGCCAACAGAAGAAACAAGGAUGGUAAAACAGCUCUGGAUUUGAGCUUAUGUUAUGGUAAAGAUUUCAAGUCUUACGAUCUCGCUUCUUUAGUGAAGAUCAUACCAGCAAACAGAGAGAUUUGAUUUGCAGGGUGUUGCUGAAACUUACAAGACUUACAACUUUCAUCGUAAAUAUCGGAUAUAUAGUAAUGGUAUUGGUUAAUGCUGCAAUCUUCUCAUAAAUUUCCAUCUGGGAAUUGUCUUAUGGUCAAUUUAUCUUCAUUCUGAACCAGAAUAUGGAGGAUCUGUUAUUGAACUAUGGAUUUUGGGUUGCUGCAAAAAAAUCAUUAUCUUGAAUUUUAUGCACACAUGGAGAGAUCUGAAGCACAUUGAGAAAGGUCAAAAAAUAUCUGAAGCUCUGUUUUUUUUUCUUUAUUUUUUUUUUCUUUUAUGGGUGCUAAUUUUGUUUAUGGAUGUCUCUCCUGACAAAAAUACUUCUGUUUCUGUAAAUAUUCCAUAUUAUAGUUAGUAUCUUGUACUUCUAUAUUAAAAUUCCUAAUAUCUGAUUUUCAAUUCCAGCUCAAAUCAUGAAGGAAAAAAAUGAAAAAAUAGAUUCACAA